AUGUCCGCGCCUCCUCCAAAGCCCAACGUUGGCGCCGGCGCUGGCACGGCAGGGCCCAGCAUGGGCGCCGCAACCGCCAUCGUGCAAGGCGGCGUCAACAACCUUGCGAACCUGUCCGGCAGCUAUCUCGAUCGCUUCUUCCCGCCCCGGCAACGUCAACAGUGGAAGGCCGCGCUGAUCAAAUUCGCCACCGAACGACCGUACCUUGCAAGUUUCCUGCUCAGUCAAACUGCCAUCAGCGGCCUUCCGCUCCUUCUCUUCGGGCUCAUGACCGUGACAGUCUUUACAUUCGCCUUGUUGGCAGGCGUACUUGUGGUCCUGCUCGGAGUUCUAUUGUUUGUGACCGUCGCGGCGGGGUUUGCCUUAAUCAUUCUCUUACCGACCCUAUUCUUCACCACCGGGGUAGGGGUGUUCGUCUGGCUUUGCGGCAUCGGAAUGUAUUUUGUGUUUAAAUGGAUUAACGAGAAGGACGCAUCAGGGGCUACUGCGGCUCCCGGUGUGGGAAGCGCGGUGGCCAGACCUAGCGGCCCUGGCAAUACCCAAGGCGUCAAUGGGAAUACCCAGGCCGGGCCGGCCAGACCGAACGGUCCCAGCAAUCCUCAGGGCGUCAGUGGAAAUCCGGCAGGUGGGCCGCCGAGACCUAGCGGUCCUACCAAUCCUCAGGGCGUCAAUGCUGGUGGACCGCCGAGACCCAGCGGUCCUACCAAUCCUCAAGGCGUCAAUGGAAAUCCAGCAGGCGGGAUGACUAGACCUGCGGGUGCUGUCAACCCUCAGGCCGGCGGUCCAAGGCCAAACCCGAACCCAAAUAUGCCGCAGAAGCCCCCGAGCGCGGGACCGGGACCACAGCCUCAGUCGAAUGGCGCGCCCGCUAACAACGUUAACGGCAUCAACGGGGUCGGCAACUCUACCAACCCUAACAACGUCAACAAUCCUAACAAUAUGCAUAAUACCAAUCCCGCCAACAACGCUAACAACGUUAAUAACACGCCUCCCCCUAAUAACGCCAAUAAUACUCUCCAACCUGGUAGCGCCAACGGCUUGAACAUGGCCCAUUCUCCUCCCCAGAGAAAACCCGUCGCCAGCAGACCGCCCUCCGUGAGCCCAGGGCCGAGAGUGCCGGUGCCGGGAGAGAGUGGCGCGCCGCAGGGAGCUCCUAUUCCUACGCCUGCCCCUAGCCCGACCCCGACCCCGAUGUCGGCUCCGACCCAGGUCCCGGUCCCUCUGCCUAUUGCUGUGGCAAAUGCAAUGGCCGACCCAGCCGGAGAGCAGUGA